AUACACACAUUCGGCAGUGCUUUGUGAGGUUGACGUAGGAUAUGCCGACAGACAAUUUCGUUUAUUGUUUUUUAUGAUUUUAACCCACUUACGUGAACAACAUGUGAGAAAUGGUGGAAUUAAAAACUUUUCGUGAUAACUUUUAUUUUGGUUGAUAUUGGAUGUGUUUUAUAAGUUAAAGUUGAACCUAAAAUAACAAAUAAAAUGGCUGGUCAUCGAAGUUUGGUUACUCACUGCGUUAGUUUAGUUUUUCUAACAUCUUUGUGGAAUGUUGGUUUUACGCUGGAUUUAUCGUGCGUCGGUGUAAAGAAGGAAUAUAACGAUAAAAUGGGGUUAAGAGACGACACAGUUCCCAUAUCGGCCAUCCCGGGAAACCAUCUCCAGGUCUGUCCACAGGGCACAACAUGCUGUACAGAAGAUAUGGAGAGCAAACUGAUCUCCCUUAGUGGCAAGGAGUAUGACACCGUCGUUGAUGCCACUUUUAAAAUUAUCAAGUCUACUUUUGUAUCAAGAACUAAAAAAUUUGAUGAUUUUUUCACAGAACUUUUGGAGAAAUCAAAACAGGAUUUACAUGUGAUGUUUGUGCGGACGUAUGGUCAGUUGUAUAAACAAAAUGCUGAGAUGUUUUCAGACCUUUUCGAUGAAUUAAAACAUUAUUACAAAGGAAACAAUGUGAGCCUCCUUGAUAUAUUAAACAAUUUCUUCAAAGGAUUAUUAGAGAGAAUGUUUGAAUUAAUGAAUGCACAGUAUUUAUUCGACGAGGAUUAUAUGACUUGUGUUACACGGAACAUGGAAGAUUUAAAACCAUUCGGUGAUGUGCCAUCCAAGUUGAAACGGCAAGUGAAGCGGGCUUUCAUUGCGGCGCGGACCUUCGUCCAGGGCCUCGCCAUAGGACGCGAUGUGAUACUGGCUAUGGAACGGGUAAAACCAACAGAAGAGUGCCGACGGGGCCUCACACGGAUGAUGUACUGCCCAUACUGUCAGAACCUCCUCCGCACCAAACCCUGUAACAACUACUGCCUCAACACCAUGAAGGGAUGCCUCGCCCAGCACAGCGAGCUCAACAAGGCCUGGAACGAGUACAUCGAGGCCCUAAAACUGGUAGCCCAGCGUCUAGAGGGACCCUUCAACAUCGAGACCGUCGUAGACCCUAUAGAUGUGAAGAUCUCCGAAGCCAUCAUGAACUUCCAAGAGGGACAGGUCGACGUAAAUGAACGGAUAUUCAAGGGAUGUGGGACCCCGCGUAUGAAGCCCGCUGGUACUAAGUACAAGCGUGAGGCCGCUGCUAGUGCAGGUUCCGCGUACGAAGAUUUCUACUCAGGAGAGUACAUGAACUUUGAGAAUCGUCGGCAUAGUACCUCAGAUGAACGCCCCGACACUGCAGCCGGGACUAACCUUGAUAAACUGGUGAAAGACAUCAAAGAAAGGACUGAAGCAGCAAAGAACUUUUGGAUCCAGCUGCCGUACAUGAUAUGUAGUGGGGGGAUCGCAGCCGAGCAGGGGGAGGAAGAUGACUGCUGGAACGGCCGGGACAGGUCAAGGUAUGUGCACCCAGUACAGAAGGACGGACGUUUGUUCCAGGUGAACAACCCAGAGGUGACGGUGGACGUACAGGAGGACAAUGGGAUCGUCUCUGUACAGAUCUACAACCUCAAACUCAUCACAACCAAGCUGCACAACGCAUACCAUGGCGUCGAUGUGGAGUGGACCAUUCCCGAGAUCGAUGUGGAUGCGGAUGUACAUGAGGGUAGUGGAACUGAUGACGUUGAGGGUAGCGGUCAACAGAAGAAUCGUCCUACUGGCGACAAUUCUGACAGGAAAACUGGCGACAAAUUGGAGGCGAGCGGGGAUGAUGGAAUCGAUGGCUCAGGGUCCGGAUCAGGAGACGGUUUUGAUGAUGAUGAUGAGGAUAUCGUCACAUACCAGCCACAUCGGACCAACAGACCUCCCAUCGCUGACCCAGUUCCGUACCAUCCUGACAGAAAUGAAAAUGGGAAUCCCAGCGGAAACUCUGACAGGCACCCACCAUAUAAUGUGCCAACCACAACCAAAAAGGACAAAGGCCCCUCACAGCCGGCAGGAGGUGCAUCAUGUGUCAGUGUUUCUACAAGUGCAUUAAUGACUCUGUCCACGUUGGCAGUUGUGCUGUACAGGAUGGUGUUAUAACACUAUUUGACAUUGAACUAACACUGUCCUGUUUGUGAUGGUUUAUUUGAUAGAAUGUGCAGGAAGGAAUGAGCCAAAACACUGUGUAUAUAAAUGUAACCUACAGUACUAUAUACUGGUAAAAGUAUUUCGUGAUAAGUUUUAUAUAAAGGUAUGGUGUAAAGGUCUUAUGUACACAAAAUGCGAAUUGGCCGCAAUGUUUAUAUAUCACACACUGUUCACUGGUAAUCCGAAAUGGCUACAGUACAGUAGAUAAAACUGUUUUAUUGAUUUUAUUACAGAAGAUUGACCGGUUAAAUCAGUUUCAUUUGAGAAAACGAUUUUAAAUGGCAGACAUAGAAGAAAAAUGGUCAUUGGUCAGAGUGAAUGAUGCAUUCAUUAAGUCAUUGUUUCGAAUCAUUUUCAGCUUCAGAACUUUUCAUGAGGGGUAAUAGAUUUGACUGCCUGUGUUUUAAGUUUGGAAAACAUCUUGAGCAAAAGAUGUAGAUUAUGUUUAUGGGAAAAAUAUGCA